AUGAGAGGCAAGCAGAGUCUGAGAGGGAAGGAAAAGAUGAGACAUCGUCCAGAGUAUGACAGUGACACGAUGAGCAUCUCGGGUCUGUCCCGUUACACUGGGUUCGCCGGGAAGCGCUCCCGAUCAUUCCCCAUCUCUUCCGCGGACACCUUGUGCAACCUCGCGAAAGAAAGACCUGCUGAGACGACUGCGUCCGGUGUCAAUGUGAAUCUGUGCAUCGACGAUCAACAGGUCAACCAUGAAACAGGCCAGCCAGUGAAACAGACCUGCCGCGCAACAGUGUGUGUUGUUGAAGCGGAUAAAAAUUCGUAUGAUGGCGUUACUGGUGAAAAAGUACGUAUCGACGAUGCGGGCCACCCACAUGCAACUGCCACCGAUGGCUCGACAGUGGCCCAUGAUGACCUGGGAAUGCUGUCGCCGGCGAGAGCAAAAGAUGACUUGGGAGCCCGAGAUAGCGGGAACAGUAGCGAAGGUCCCUUCCGCGACAAUGAAUGCAGCGUCAUCCCAGGACCCCGUGUCCAAGUGACGCGUUCCUCCCUGGGCCUGUCUCCGGCUGAGGAGAACGAGUACAAGCGUCAGUGGCUGAAACGAACCUUCACCCUCUAUCAGCAUUAUUACCCUGAAGGGGGCUGGGGGUGGGUCAUAUUGACCUGCAACCUCUUCGUUCAAAUGCUCACCUAUGGACUUCAGCUCUCCUUUGGCAUCAUCUUGCAAGUCAUCUGUCAACGCUUCGACGUCGAAAACGUCGCCUUUGCAGGUACGUUCACUCUUCAUGUUAUGGUAGAUAUGGGACCACCACGGUGUGCAAUUUUCCUGUUUGUGUCCUAA